AUGACCCCAUUGCGGCAGAGAUCGACUCGUAACCCAGAUGACUUCCCCACCGUACAGCUCUUUUUGUUAGCUAUCGUUCGGCUUGCCGAACCCAUCGCCCUCACUUCCAUAUUCCCAUACGCCUGGGCUCUCAUCAAGAGAUUCGAGGUUGGUGACGAGCAAGAUGCCUCGUGGUACGCCGGUCUCCUCAUCUCUUCCUUCUCCCUCGCGGAGGCCCUGAUGGGCAUGUACUGGGGCAGCCUGUCCGACAAGAUUGGCCGCAAGCCGGUCCUCCUCCUUGGUUGUGUCGGAACCAUGUUUUCCAUGUUAAUGGUUGGGUUUGCCACCAACAUCUGGACCGCCCUCAUCGGCCGUGCUGUUGGUGGGCUUCUCAAUGGCAACAUUGGCGUGAUUCAGACUAUGGUUGGCGAGCUGGUCAGCAAGCCCGAACACGAGCCUCGUGCCUACUCCGUAAUGCCUUUCGUCUGGUCUAUCGGUACUAUCAUCGGCCCUGCCAUCGGCGGAGUGUUUGCAGACCCGCAUACGUCUUUCCCCGAGGCAUUUCCCAGAGGCUCGCUUUUCGCCGAAUUCCCAUACCUACUGCCGAAUCUACUUUGCGCUGCUCUGCUGUUGGUCAGCAUCGUACUGGGUUACUUCCUCCUUGAAGAGACCCACCCAGAUCUGCAGCCAGGCUGCGUCACCGAGGAAACAACCUUCGUCUCGGAAGAAACGCCAUUGCUGGAAACAUCGGACGCUCUCAAGCAGCCAGUCGUUGAUCUUCGCGGCGAUACCUAUGGCUCUAUCCGCAGUCGUGCCAGCAUCGACUUCGACUUCCGGCCGGAGCUCGAUGUCAGCCAUAAGAACGGCUCGAAAGCAGAGUUCAGCAUUUUCAGCAAGCGUAUCAUGGCUCUCAUCAUCUCACUGUCGCUCUUCACCUAUCACGCCAUGACUUACGACCACCUAUUGCCCAUCUUCUUCGAGGAUGACCGCAAGACGUUCCAAGCUGCAACCUCGAGUAUCCUGUCCGACCUCAACAUCUUUUACUCGCCCGGCGGUCUCGGCUUGUCGAUGCAAGCGGUCGGCAUGAUCAUGGCCGUCAAUGGUGCCAUCGCCCUGUUUGUCCAAGCGGUCGUAUUCCCCGUGCUUGCCGAAAGGUUCGGGGUUUUCAGGCUCUUUAUCAUUGUGUCGGUUCUGCAUCCGAUCGCGUACGCUGUGAUGCCGUUCCUAGUCCACGUGCCCCAGUCGUACUUGUACGCGGCAAUCUACUCAUGUCUCACGAUUCGGAAUUUGCUGUCGAUCAUCCUCUACCCGCUACUCCUCAUCCUGAUCAAGGAGGCGACUCCUUGCCCUUCUGUACUUGGCAAGGUCAAUGGGUUCGCGGCCAGCGCUGGUGCGACUUUCCGCAUGAUCGCCCCGCCAGUCGCAGGAUAUCUCUAUGCCAUUGGCUCUCGUAUCGACUGCACCGGUAUCGCCUGGUACGGUAGUGCCGUGGUUGCCGUCAUUGGUGCCGUUCAGUGCUUCUACGUUCAGCGUACCCCGAAUGAUGACUACCAAGACGACUUUGCCAACGAGACCCAGAAAAGGGCAUACGCCACGACCACCAUCGUCGAAGUCAACGAGAGCGAUGAAGAAUGA